CCGAUUACCAGCCACUGAAAAUCAACAUGGCGGACAGCGAAGCAUUGGAGAACGAGAAUCUUGCGGAAAACGAUUCAAAUCUGUCAUCAAAUCAACACCAACCGUCUAUGAACAAUGACGCGGUGAGCAGAGAAGUAUCACAGGAGAGUAACAGGCCAAGGUUUCCUGGCCCUGGUCCAAGAUUUCGCAACUUUCCACCCAGGUUUCAGGGCCCCCCAGGGCAGCACAUGAGAGGUGGCCCUAACAACUUGCCCCCACGGCCAUUUUUUGGCAGACCUCCCCCAGACAGGAUGUUCCGCCCGGACCGCCCGCCUCCUUUUGAUCAGAACAUGCCCAGGGGUCCCCCGCCCCAGAGUCUCAUGGGCAUGCCUCCAUUCAUGAAUAGACCCCCUUUAUUACCGCCACCUUUUGGGAUGCCACCACCCAUGAUGGCAAACGUCCAACAGCAGCAGCAGCAAGCAGCACCAGCAGGUAAUCAGCAGGCUACACCCGCAACAAAUCCUGCUGCAGUUGCUGCCUUGGAUCCCAACCAGGACUUCUGGGUGGAGCAUGUCACACCAGAAGGCAAGACGUACUACUACCAUGCUAAGAAGAGGGAGUCCGUCUGGACCAAGCCAGAGAAUGUUAAGAUUGUCAAGCAGACACAACUACAGGCUCUUGCUGCCGCAGCGGGUAUUGCAACAACCACAUCAACAGGGGCAGCAGCAACUGCAGCAGGUGCAGCUGCUGUCACCAGUGCACCAGAACAGACUUCUGCAGGUGCUUCAGCCAAUCCAGGUAAUCUGAGUGCCGCAGUAGCUGCAGCAGCAGUAGCAGUAGCAACAGCAGCAAAGACAGCAGCAGCGACAGCGAGCUCUGCAGUUGAUACCCUACAAGCCACACCGGUUCAGGCUAGCCCAUCUUCUACCACACAGGCUGCACCGAGCGUCACUACUCCAACUCAAGCUACUGUGGCUGCUGCCUCACCGACUACACCAAAAGAACAAUCACAGCUACAACAGCAACAGCAGCAACAACAACAACAGCAGCAACAACAACAACAGCAAUCAGCACCACCGCAGCAACAACAGCAGCAUCCGCCAAUGUUGAUGCCCUUCCCUGGUAUCCCGCCUGUGUUACCUGGCCAGGGCCCAGUGCCGGGCGCCGGGCUAGGUCCAGGUCCAGCAGGCAUGCCACCCCCACCAUUCCAUCUGUUCCAGGCACACAUGGCUCGUAUGCGUAUGCCUGGUGCCAUGCCUGGAAUGCCACCGAUGAUGCCCUUGCCAGGUAUGCCUGGUGGCUUCCCACCCCGUGGCAAUCCAAUGUUUCGACCGCCUUUUAAUCAGCCCCCAGGGGGAGGCCCCGCGGUUGCUGUGACGGCACCCAAGAGUAUCUGGACAGAAUUCAAGACUGCUGACGGGCGGCCUUACUACUACAACACCCGAACCAUGGAGUCCACCUGGGAGAAGCCCAAGGAGUUGAUUGAACAAGAAGAACCCAAGAAGGAACCUGCCCAAGAGAAGGAAGCUGAUAAAGCAGAUGGAGAAGAGGAUACCAAAGAUGAGGAGGAGAAAAAGGAUGAUGAGAGCAAGAUGGAGACGGAGGAUGCGAAAGAAGAACCUAUGGAGGCAGAAACUAAGGAGGAAAAAAUAGUCGUUGAAGAAAAGAAGAUAGAGGAAGAACCAGUGGACAAGUCCAAACCCAUUGCUACCAAGCCCAUUCCUGGCACACCCUGGUGUCUUGUUUGGACGGGAGACAGUAAGGUGUUCUUCUUCAAUCCGUCCACCAGGAUGUCACUAUGGGAACGACCCGAUGACCUCUACAACCGUGCAGAUGUGGACAGGAUGAUCCUGGAGCCCCCACCAGGACAGGAAAAAGAAAAGCAAGAGGAGACCACAGCCAAGAAGCGAGCAGAGGAUUCAACAUCGGAGGAGCAGCAGCCCAAGACCAAGAAGAAGAAGAAAGCGUCAACCUCAGAGUCCUCCCCAGAGCCCACAGAUCCCCUCAAGGAAGCUGCCUUGGAGGCAGAGAUCAAAGCAGCUAGAGAGAGAGCCAUCACCCCGCUAGAGAUACGCAUGAAACAGUUCAUGGACAUGCUGCUAGAAAAAGGGGUGUCAGCCUUCUCGACUUGGGAGAAGGAACUUCACAAGAUAGUCUUUGAUCAUCGCUACCUCCUGCUUAGCCCCAAGGAGCGCAAGCAGGUCUUUGAGAACUUUGUCAAGAACCGGGCUGAAGAGGAACGCAAGGAGAGGGCCACCAAGACAAAGCAGAGCAAGGAGGAAUUCAAGGUCCUCAUGCAAGAUGCCAAACUAGGAUCCAAGACCUCCUUCAGUGAGUUUGCCCAGAAGUACGGUAAGGAUGCCCGUUUCAAGGGCAUAGACAAGAUGCGUGAGCGUGAGGGCCUGUUCAACGAGUACAUGCUGCAGGUCCGCAAACAGGUCAAAGAGCAGAGCACACACAAGGCUGAGAAGUUGAAAUCAGAUUUCUUCUCCUUGCUGGAUGAACUAAAAAACUUGGACAGCAAGUCACGUUGGUCAAAGGUCAAGGACAGUAUCCACCACGAUCCCCGCUACAAAGCUGUCCAUCACAGCUCACAGCGGGAAGAUCUCUUCAAGGAGUACAUCAGCAGAAAAUCAGAGGUCAAAGAUGAAGAUGCUGAGAGGCAGAAGCGUGUGGAGACCAGCCUGAGGGAGAGAGAGAAGGAGGUGCAACGCACCCGUAGCGAGCAGCAGAAGGAACUAGACAGGGAGAGAGGACAGUUCAAGAAGGAGGAGGCUGUGCAACACUUCAAGGCUUUACUUACUGAUCUAGUACGUGAUUCUGAGAUGACAUGGCGGGAUGCCCGUAAGCAGCUCAAGCGAGACCAUCGCUGGGAGCUAGCCUCCUUACUGGACAAGGAGGACCGAGAGCGGCUCUUCACCAAUCACACCUCCUCCCUGGUCUAUCGCAAGAAGGAGAAGUUUAACGAACUCUUGAACGAGACACCAGGGGUGACUCUGACGUCAACGUGGAAGGAAGUCCGCCGACUUAUCAAAGAAGACCCGCGCUUUGCCAAAUUCUCAUCCAGCGACAGAAAAAGGGAAAGGGAGUUUAGUGACUACAUCAAGGAGAAAUACCUACAAGCCAAGGUGGAUUUCAGAACGCUGCUCACAGAAACCAGGAUUAUCACGUACAAGUCCAAGAAGCUGAUCCAGGAGUCAGACCAGCACCUCCGAGACAUUGAGAAGGUUCUUGAGAAGGACAAGCGUUACCUGAUCCUGGACUGUGUGCCUGAAGAGCGCCUGGAGAUGAUCAUGACUUACAUCCGGGAGCUUCACAAGAAGGGGAUGCCCCCACCUCCAACAGCCUCGGAACCCUCCCGUCGUCUCAUCCCCAAAUAAAACUGAUCAUGUCUUAUGUCUUAAGAGAUAUAUCCAAAAAGAAAUCAACAAGAAGGAGGUUUGAUGUCUAUGCCUCCCAUUGCCUCAGAACGUUUCUGUCAUCUCAUCCCCAUGAUCAUGUUUUAUGUUUUGGAGAAAUAUCUAAAAGACUAAGAAACAAGAAGGUUGAUGGCCACGCCUCUCAUGGCCCUCAGAACUCUCCUGUGUCAACCCGUCCCAAAAUGAGCAAUUUUGAAAUACCAAAUAGAUUUUUAAAGGUUUCACUUUAUUUUGAUGAAAUGAAGCACUCAGAUCAGUACCGUUUUUCUUUAAUAUAAUCGGAGCGAUUUCUGUGCUUUCCAAAGCCUUUACUUUGCACAUCAAACGAUUCUAUUCACAACUUAUUCUCAAGUGUUCUCUCUAAAAACCGGCAGUAAAUGGUUGCCUUUUAAGAAGUUGGGCUACAAUAAGGCACAUUAUCUAAAUAACGACCACUGCAGCUCUCUGCUGACUUACUGUGUGGUCAGAAUGUAAAAUGGAGAAGAAGAAAAAAAGAUUGUAGCCUAAACACCCUUACUUCAGCUUUUUGUCUUAAUCGUCACAACGGCAAGGAGUUCAUUACAUGUGGUAUUUUUGCCUUUUUCCACCUUGUACUUGCUUUGAAAUUGUGUUUAUCUUUCAUUUUGUUUUAUUUUAUUUGUGAAAAGGAAUGGCCGUAAACUUCAAGUUGUUGGUGAAGGCCGAGGGAAGCAGUUUCAUUAGCUGCGUAAUGAUCAAAGUGAACAUAGCUGAGGUUUUCAAAUAGAUCAAGUGCUUGUUUAAUUUGUAAAGUAAUUUUGAUGGCACAUUACAAGGGACAUUUUAAUCAAUAAAAGAACUAGAAACAAAA